GCGCUUCUUCUGUAGUCAAGAAAAUAUAGCUUCCCGUUCCUUUCCCUCCUUUUGACUUUGGAUAUUCGAUCCUAGAACUCACACUUCCACAGCAACCAUGGAAAACAAAUUCAUGCCCAACGCUAGCGCACAUCCUCUCCGCAUUAUCUUAUACACAAUCUUCCUAUCCACAGCAAUCAUAUCGACAUUCAUCCUCCUAGCUCACAAAGAAAUACUUCCCUUCCUCGCCCCCGUCCAAAACCUCAUCAUCUACCAAAUCUGUCCCGGAGCACACGACCACACCAGCGGAGCCACAAUCCCAGUCCCUCCAGCCAGCGAAUUCCACUCCAAGAUCUUCGAGCCGAUCCCCGCGCUCGAAGCUGCAAUCGGUGACCCCGAGGAUGUAGACUGGGAUGAAUAUCUUCUCACGCCCAACGGCGGCUUUAUCAUGGUGGAUGAAGGAGAUGGGGUUACGAAGGGAUACGGAGUCACCAUGUUUCAUCAAUUGCAUUGUUUGGGAAUGAUCAGGACGAUGUUAUUUGGAGGAUCGAUGAAUCAUGAUCACGAGGUUCAGGGGGCGGAGUGGUCGAAAAAUCCGCUGCAUUUCCUGCAUUGUUUGGAUUAUAUUGCUCAGGGAAUUAUCUGUACGGCCGAUGAUACCCUUGAAGUUCCUAAGCCCACGACUAACGCCAUGGGCAAAGUGGUGGAUGGGAUUGAUGGUAUGGGCCACGAGCAUCAAUGCCGCAACGCGAGUGCUCUGAGAGAAAAAGUGCUCCUUAGUGAAAGUACGCCGGUCUGGAGAGCAGCUCUUGGUCGGACUAGUGUUUUUAGUCAUCGUGCUAUUCCUGUAACCUAAGCUUCGAACAUUGGACGAUGGAGGAGCCAACUACUAAGGUUUUAUUGCGGGAAGGCGAGCAAAUGUUCUAGUAGGUGUUGUAGGUACGUAGAUCGGGUAAUUUAGUAUGCUAGAUGACCUUAUACCAAUGAAUUUGAGAAGCAUUUUGAUCUAUCA